UUUUUUUUUUUUUUGUUUAAUCUUACAAAAAAUUCUUUUUUAUUCUAGCCAAAGGUCGAUUAAUAAUAUCAAAUCGUCCAUCAACUACUAUCGAACAUACACGACGAGAUAGUUCAUUAACAAAAAAUUCUCGAACUAUAUCAUCAGCUAAAACACAACGUUUAUCAACUAAUAAAAUGAUAUAUCGAUGUACAAAUUGUAAUAAAUCAUUUGAUGAUAAACGAAAUUAUGAUAUACAUAAAUUAUAUUGUAGAACUUAA